CCAGAGAAACCUGACAAGCCGGAAAAACCAGACAAACCCGACAAGCCAGAGAAACCAGAGAAACCUGACAAGCCAGAGAAACCCGACAAGCCGGAAAAACCAGACAAACCUGACAAGCCAGAGAAACCAGAGAAACCUGACAAGCCAGAGAAACCAGACAAACCCGACAAGCCAGAGAAACCAGACAAACCUGACAAGCCAGAGAAACCUGACAAGCCAGAUAAACCUGACAAGCCGGAGAAACCGGACAAACCUGACAAGCCAGAGAAACCAGAGAAACCUGACAAGCCAGAGAAACCUGACAAACCUGACAAACCAGACAAGCCAGAGAAACCUGACAAGCCAGAGAAACCCGACAAACCUAACCAGCCAGAUAAACCUGAAGAGCCAGACAAACCUGACAAGCCAGAGAAACCAGACAAACCUGACAAGCCAGAGAAACCAGACAAACCUGACAAGCCAGAGAAACCUGACAAGCCAGAGAAACCAGAGACACCUGACAAGCCAGAUAAACCUGACAAGCCGGAGAAACCGGACAAACCUGACAAGCCAGAGAAACCAGAGAAACCUGACAAGCCAGAGAAACCUGACAAACCUGACGAACCAGACAAGCCAGAGAAACCUGACAAGCCAGAGAAACCAGAGAAACCUGACAAGCCAGAGAAACCCGACAAACCUAACCAGCCAGAUAAACCUGAAGAGCCAGACAAACCUGACAAGCCAGAGAAACCAGACAAACCUGACAAGCCAGAGAAACCAGACAAACCUGACAAGCCAGAGAAACCAGAGACACCCGACAAGCCAGAGAAACCCGACAAGCCAGAGAAACCAGAGAAACCUGAAAAGCCAGACAAGCCAGAUAAACCUGAAAAGCCAGACAAACCUGAAAAGCCAGAUAAACCAGAGAAACCUGACAAGCCAGAGAAACCAGAGAAACCCGACAAGCCAGAGAAACCCGACAAACCUGACAAGCCAGAGAAACCAGAGAAACCUGACAAGCCAGAGAAACCUGACAAGCCAGAGAAACCAGAGAAACCCGACAAGCCAGAGAAACCAGACAAACCUGACAAGCCAGACAAACCUGACAAGCCGGAGAAACCAGACACACCUGACAAACCAGACAAGCCAGAGAAACCUGACAAGCCAGAGAAACCGGACAAACCUGACAAGCCAGAGAAACCAGAGAAACCUGACAAGCCAGAGAAACCUGACAAGCCAGAGAAACCUGACAAACCUGACAAGCCAGAGAAACCUGACAAGCCGGAGAAACCAGACAAACCUGACAAACCAGACAAGCCAAAGAAACCUGACAAGCCAGAGAAACCAGACAAACCUGACAAGCCAGAGAAACCCGACAAACCUGACCAGCCAGAUAAACCUGAAAAGCCAGACAUACCUGAUAAGCCAGAGAAACCAGACAAACCUGACAAGCCAGAGAAACCAGACAAACCUGACAAGCCAGAGAAACCAGAGACACCCGACAAGCCAGAGAAACCCGAGAAGCCAGAGAAACCAGAGAAACCUGACAAACCUGACAAGCCAGAGAAACCCGACCAACCUGACAAGCCAGAUAAACCUGACAAGCCGGAGAAACCAGACAACCCUGACAAACCAGACAAGCCAGAGAAACCUGACAAGCCAGAGAAACCAGAGAAGCCUGACAAGCCAGAGAAACCCGACAAACCUGACAAGCCAGACAAACCUGACAAGCCAGAGAAACCAGACAAACCUGACAAACCAGACAAGCCAGAGAAACCUGACAAACCUGACAAGCCAGAGAAACCAGACAAACCUGACAAGCCAGAGAAACCAGACAAACCUGACAAGCCAGAGAAACCAGAGAAACCUGACAAGCCAGAGAAACCUGACAAGCCAGACAAACCUGACAAGCCAGACAAACCCGACCAACCUGACAAGCCAGAUAAACCUGACAAGCCGGAGAAACCAGACAAACCUGACAAACCAGACAAGCCAGAGAAACCUGACAAGCCAGAGAAACCAGACAAGCCUGACAAGCCAGAGAAACCAGAGACACCCGACAAGCCAGAGAAACCCGACAAGCCAGAGAAACCAGACAAACCAGACAAACCUGACAAGCCAGAGAAACCAGAGAAACCUGACAAGCCAGAGAAACCAGAGAAACCAGACAAACCUGACAAGCCAGAGAAACCAGAGAAACCAGACAAGCCAGAGAAACCUGACAAGCCAGAGAAACCAGAGAAACCUGACAAGCCAGAGAAACCCGACAAACCUGACAAGCCAGAGAAACCAGACAAACCUGACAAGCCAGAGAAACCAGACAAACCUGACAAGCCAGAGAAACCAGACAAACCUGACAAGCCAGAGAAACCAGAGAAACCUGACAAGCCAGAGAAACCUGACAAGCCAGAGACACCCGACCAACCUGACAAGCCGGAGAAACCAGACAAACCUGACAAACCAGACAAGCCAGAGAAACCUGACAAACCAGAGAAACCCGAGAAACCUGACAAGCCAGACAAACCUGACAAGCCAGAGAAACCAGACAAACCUGACAAGCCAGAGAAACCAGACAAACCUGACAAGCCAGAGCAACCAGAGAAACCUGACAAGCCAGACAAACCUGACAAGCCAGACAAACCCGACCAACCUGACAAGCCAGAUAAACCUGACAAGCCGGAGAAACCAGACAAACCUGACAAACCAGAUAAACCUGAAAAGCCAGACAAACCUGACAAGCCAGAGAAACCAGACAAACCUGACAAACCUGACAAGCCAGAUAAACCAGACAAACCUGACAAGCCAGAGAAACCAGAGACACCCGACAAGCCAGAGAAACCCGACAAGCCAGAGAAACCAGAGAAACCAGAGAAACCUGACAAGCCAGAGAAACCAGAGAAACCUGACAAGCCAGAGAAACCAGAGAAACCAGACAAACCUGACAAGCCGGAGAAACCAGACACACCUGACAAACCAGAGAAACCUGACAAGCCAGAGAAACCAGAGAAACCUGACAAGCCAGAGAAACCCGACAAACCUGACAAGCCAGAUAAACCUGAAAAGCCAGACAAACCUGACAAGCCAGAGAAACCAGACAAACCUGACAAGCCAGAUAAACCAGACAAACCUGACAAGCCAGAGAAACCCGACCAACCUGACAAGCCAGAUAAACCUGACAAGCCGGAGAAACCAGACAAACCUGACAAACCAGACAAGCCAGAGAAACCAGAGAAACCUGACAAGCCAGAGAAACCCGACAAACCUGACAAGCCAGACAAACCUGACAAGCCAGACAAACCUGACAAGCCAGAGAAACCAGACAAACCUGACAAGCCGGAGAAACCAGACAAACCUGACAAACCAGACAAGCCAGAGAAACCUGACAAGCCAGAGAAACCAGACAAACCUGACAAGCCAGAGAAACCCGACAAACCUGACAAGCCAGACGAACCUGACAAGCCAGAGAAACCUGACAAGCCAGAGAAACCUGACAAACCUGACAAGCCAGAUAAACCUGACAAGCCGGAGAAACCAGACAAACCUGACAAGCCAGAGAAACCAGACAAACCUGACAAGCCAGAUAAACCAGACAAACCUGACAAGCCAGAGAAACCAGAGACACCCGACAAGCCAGAGAAACCAGAGAAACCAGACAAACCUGACAAGCCAGAGAAACCAGACAAACCUGACAAGCCAGAUAAACCAGACAAACCUGACAAGCCAGAGAAACCAGAGACACCCGACAAGCCAGAGAAACCCGACAAGCCAGAGAAACCAGAGAAACCAGACAAACCUGACAAGCCAGAGAAACCAGAGAAACCUGACAAGCCCGAGAAACCAGAGAAACCAGACAAACCUGACAAGCCAGAGAAACCAGAGAAACCAGACAAGCCAGAGAAACCUGACAAGCCAGAGAAACCAGAGAAACCUGACAAGCCAGAGAAACCCGACAAACCUGACAAGCCAGAGAAACCAGACAAACCUGACAAGCCAGAGAAACCAGAGAAACCUGACAAGCCAGAGAAACCCGGCAAACCUGACAAGCCAGACAAACCUGACAAGCCAGAGAAACCAGACAAACCUGACAAGCCAGAGAAACCAGACAAACCUGACAAGCCAGAGCAACCAGAGAAACCUGACAAGCCAGAGAAACCUGACAAGCCAGACAAACCUGACAAGCCAGACAAACCCGACCAACCUGACAAGCCAGAUAAACCUGACAAGCCGGAGAAACCAGACAACCCUGACAAACCAGACCAGCCAGAGAAACCUGACAAGCCAGAGAAACCAGAGAAACCUGACAAGCCAGAGAAACCUGACAAACCAGACAAGCCAGAGAAACCUGACAAGCCAGAGAAACCAGAGAAACCUGACAAGCCAGAGAAACCCGACAAACCUGACAAGCCAGACAAACCAGACAACCCUGACAAGCCAGAGAAACCAGACAAACCUGACAAGCCAGAGAAACCAGAGAAACCUGACAAGCCAGAGAAACCUGACAAGCCGGAGAAACCAGAGAAACCUGACAAGCCGGAGAAACCAGACAAACCUGACAAGCCAGAGAAACCCGACAAACCUGACAAGCCAGAGAAACCCGACAAACCUGACAAGCCAGAGAAACCAGAGAAACCUGAGAUGCCAGAUAAACCAGAGAAUCCAGACAAACCUGACAAGCCGGACAAACCAGACAAGCCAGAGAAACCUGACAAGCCAGAGAAACCCGACAAACCUGAGAAACCCGACAAGCCAGAGAAACCAGAGAAACCUGACGAGCCAGAGAAACCAGACAAACCUGACAAGCCAGAGAAACCUGAAAAGCCAGAGAAACCAGAGAAACCUGACAAGCCAGAGAAACCCGACAAGCCAGAGAAACCAGACAAACCUGACAAGCCAGAGAAACCUGAAAAGCCAGAGAAACCAGAUAAACCUGAAAAGCCAGACAAACCUGAAAAGCCAGAGAAACCUGACAAGCCAGAGAAACCAGAGAAACCUGACGAGCCAGAGAAACCAGAGAAACCUGAAAAGCCAGAGAAACCAGAUAAACCUGAAAAGCCAGACAAACCUGAAAAGCCAGAGAAACCUGACAAGCCAGAGAAACCAGAGAAACCUGACGAGCCAGAGAAACCAGAGAAACCUGACAAGCCAGAGAAACCCGACAAGCCAGAGAAACCAGACAAACCUGACAAGCCAGAGAAACCUGAAAAGCCAGAGAAACCAGAUAAACCUGAAAAGCCAGACAAACCUGAAAAGCCAGAGAAACCUGACAAGCCAGAGAAACCAGAGAAACCUGACGAGCCAGAGAAACCAAAGAAACCUGAAAAGCCAGAG